AUGGAUGGUCUAAGUCUGGUAUCGCAGUACCUCUCGGGCAACGAAGCUGGUAAGGUGAUCAGCGCUUUAGCCAACCCGGACCCAAGCCUCAUAGAGAGGGCUCGCGCGCUAUAUGUCACUCACAGAGGCCGGCUGCCGAGUCCCCCGGUGCCAGAGCCGCUCCAGCCCUCAGAAACGCUUCGCGUCUUUUUCGUCGAAUUCUCCACUGACAUGCGGAGCUUCUUACAAAAGGCCGACGACAAAGAAGCUACCGAAGCUUUCAACUCGACUUCCUGGGAUGAGCUGCAAGACGACGUCACACAGGCACUGAAGGCCCACGAUGCGCACGAGAAGAGACGCCGCAACUGGCGCAACCCCCUUGAAGUCGCCGACAAGGUGGGUGGCGUUGUUGCCCGCCGCAUCGAGUUCCUGCUCGAGCUGAUUCCUCAUGGGGAAUACACCCACAGCCUCGUCGGCGGGCUAAGACUCCUGUGCAAUACUGCGAAGCGCAAGAAAGACGUGCGCGUCAAGAUACUGGAUGCCCUGGAUAGUUUGUCGGAAACCAUCUCGCACACCAAGGCCGAGAUCAGGAUGUACAGCCGGAACCAGGACUUGAGAGACAAAUCAGAGGGUCUCUACAUGGCUAUACUUGACUUUGCCCGGCUUGCUGCGGCCUACCUCGAUAAGUCGAGCGCCUUGCAAUCUUUCAAGGCCUUCCUCCAACAGGACCGGUACGGAUCGAACCUCGACGGUGGCGCCGAGAAGAUAAAGGAAGCAUCGGUAUCCUUCGAAAGAUCUGUGUCGGUCUGUUUCCAGCUCCGUGUCCAGAAAAUCGACAAGAACACGGAGAGCCUGUCCAAGGAUUUGGAAAGCUUGAAACACCCGAUCGUUGCCAUCUUCGCUCUCCUCGGAGGCGUCCUCUCCUAUAACGCUCAGCCCAUGAUUCCCGCCCAGCAGCUCCACCAACUUCUGUGCACGAGUUGGAAGGCCGGGGGCGCGUCGACGGUGGAGGACCUGCUCCCGACCAUCCAGGCAGAUCUGCAGACCGCCAAGGGUUUCGUUCCGUCGCCUCUCCACGAGAGCCAGAUCGGGCUGCUGAUGACCGACGGCAGCUUCGCCGACUGGCUCAAGUCUCUCUCAUCCCAAUUCCUCGUCAUCCACGACGCCAAGGCGCUGGAGGGCGAUGGCUCGCUAUCCAUCUCCAGCUAUCUCUGCGCGCUGGUGUCCGAGAUUCUGUCCGUGCCGGGGAUGUUCACGCUCACCUUCUUCUGCGGCCUGCACUCGGCACACGGGAGCGUCUUGGAAGGCGGCAGCGGUCUCAUGCGCAGCCUGACGCUGCAGCUACUGCGGCCGUUCGAGAAUACCAGCUUCCCCGCCCAGUGCGACCCCAAUCAAGUCAUCCAGGGGCUCAUGGUCAACGACCUCGAGACGAUCUGCGGCGUCUUCACCAUGCUCCUGCAGAGCAUCCCGGCCGGCGCCGUCUACGUUAUGGUGGACGGGGCGUUUUGGUACGGAACCGACGCGCGACAGGACGACAUGAGCACCGUCAUGCUGUUCCUGGAUAGGCUGGUGGGAGAGGUGCAAGCGGCCUCUCGAGGCCUCGUGCUCAAGGUGCUGGUCACGAAUCCCACAGCCCGGCAGCGAAGCAGCUGGGUAGUCGGCCAGGCGGUGGACAUUGAUCUCGAGCACCAUUUCGUGGCGGGUGGACAUGGCGGCGAUGUGGCGCGGCUGUUGACCGCCUUGUAG